AUGGCGAAGCUACUUCUACAUGGAGUUUUCAAGAGGCUUGCCAAUCCUACAAUGGUUGGCCAACACCUCCGGCAGCUACAUAUGACUGCAGCUGCAGCUCAGAAGGUGGCUAUGAGCAAAUUUGAACCCAACCAGUAUAUAGAUUAUGACAAAAUGGAAUACAAUUUAAAAAUUGUUAAGGAUAGAUUAAAUCGCCCUCUGACCCUCUCUGAAAAGGUUGUGUAUGGACAUCUGGAUAAUCCUAAAAAUCAGGAUAUUGUUCGUGGUGAGAGUUAUCUGAAGCUUCGACCAGAUAGAGUAGCUAUGCAAGAUGCAACAGCUCAGAUGGCUAUGUUACAGUUUAUAUCUAGUGGCUUACCACGUGUUGCUGUCCCUAGCACCAUCCAUUGUGACCAUCUCAUUGAAGCACAGCUUGGUGGAGAAAAGGAUUUAGCUCGUGCCAAAGAUAUUAACAAAGAAGUAUAUAAUUUCCUGAAAAGUGCAGGUGCUAAAUAUGGAGUAGGCUUUUGGAAACCUGGCAGUGGUAUCAUUCACCAGAUUAUCCUUGAGAAUUAUGCCUAUCCAGGAGUUUUAAUCAUUGGCACUGACAGCCACACCCCCAAUGGAGGUGGCCUUGGCGGUGUGUGUGUCGGUGUUGGAGGUGCCGAUGCAGUGGAUGUGAUGGCAGAUAUUCCUUGGGAACUUAAAUGUCCCAAGGUUAUUGGUGUUAAGCUAACUGGAAAACUACAUGAUUGGACUUCUCCCAAAGAUGUUAUUUUGAAAGUAGCUGGCAUUCUGACUGUUAAAGGCGGUACAGGUGCCAUUGUAGAAUAUUUUGGUGAAGGUGUCGAUUCUAUUUCUUGCACAGGAAUGGGAACCAUUUGCAACAUGGGAGCUGAAAUAGGUGCAACUACUUCUAUUUUUCCUUAUAAUCACCGUAUGAAAGACUACCUAGUAGCCACAAAGCGGAGUGAAAUUGCAAAUUUAGCUGAUUCAUACAAACAUAUACUCUCAGCUGACAAAGGUGCACAGUAUGAUGAUAUCAUUGAAAUUGAUUUGGACAAGCUUGAGCCCCAUGUUAAUGGCCCCUUCACACCAGAUUAUGCUCAUCCUAUUUCUAAAUUGGGAGAAAUUGCCAAAAAGAAUGACUGGCCACUUGAGGUUAAAGUUGGUUUAAUUGGUAGCUGUACCAACAGUAGCUAUGAAGAUAUGUGUCGAUCUGUGAGCAUUGCCAAACAAGCUUUGGAUCAUGGUUUGAAGAGUAAAGGAGCUUUUACUAUCACACCAGGCUCAGAACAAAUCAGAGCCACAAUUGAAAGAGAUGGACUCACUGAAAUUCUGAGUGCCAUUAAUGGACUUGUCCUUGCCAAUGCCUGUGGUCCUUGCAUUGGUCAAUGGGAUAGGCAAGACAUUAAGAAAGGAGAAAAAAACACCAUUGUCACUUCCUACAACAGAAACUUCACUGGGCGUAAUGAUGCCAACCCAGCAACUCAUGCAUUUGUUGCUUCUCCUGAACUUGUGACUGCAUUAGCGAUUGCUGGCACACUUGACUUUAAUCCUAUCACAGAUGAAUUGACAGGAGCUAAUGGUGAGAAAUUCAAGUUGGUACCUCCAAGUGGAGAUGAACUUCCUUCAAAAGGUUUUGACCCUGGCCAAGACACUUAUCAGGCCCCUCCUGCUGAUGGGACUGCAUUGACAGUUAAUGUCGAUCCUAAGAGUUUACGCCUCCAGCUACUCACUCCUUUUGAAAAAUGGGAUGGAAAAGAUCUCACAGACAUGGUUGUACUGAUCAAAGCCAAAGGAAAAUGCACCACAGAUCACAUCAGUGCAGCUGGAAAAUGGCUGAAGUUCCGAGGUCAUCUUGACAACAUAUCCAACAAUUUGCUAAUUGGUGCUGUAAACUAUGAUAAUGAUCAGCUUAACAACGUAAAGAACCAACUUACUGGUGAAUUUGGAGCAGUCCCUGAUACAGCAAGACACUACAAGGCUCAUAAGGUACAGUGGGUUGUAAUUGGAGAUGACAACUAUGGAGAGGGCAGCAGCCGAGAACAUGCUGCAUUGGAGCCACGUCACCUUGGAGGAAGAGCCAUCAUUGUCAAGAGCUUUGCUCGUAUUCACGAAACUAAUCUGAAAAAGCAAGGUAUGCUGCCAUUGACUUUUGUUGAUCCUGCUGAUUAUGAUAAAAUCAAAUCAACUGACAAAAUCUCAAUUCUUGGACUCGGUACUUUUGCUCCUGGAAAGCCCCUUAUAUGUGAAGUGAAACAUGUAGAUGGUUCUGUUGACAAAUUUAAUCUCAACCAUACAUUCAAUGAGGGCCAGAUAGCUUGGUUCCAAGCUGGCAGUGCACUUAACCGGAUGGCAACCAACAGACCAGACCAGCAUAAUUCCAACAAGCCGCCUCUUCCGCGUUCUGAUCUCCGAACUUCGAACUCAUCUGACGAACUCAAGCGUGCGGACAGCUUAUAUAGAGAGAGGCGGAGCUAA